CGAGGCCACGGCGGGGCGCCCUCGCGCCGGACCAGGCCGGGUGGCGCCGCGGUGGCCAUGCGCGCCAACCGCCCGGUGUGCGCCAGCGUGGUCAUCACCGGCGGGGCGGCCGGCGUCGGCUACGCGUACGCGGACGAGUUCCUGAAGCGCGGCCACCGCGUCGUGAUCUGCGACGUAAAAGACCCUUCCAGCGCGGUCGGCACCCUGAAGGCCAAGCACCCCAACGGCUCCAUCUAUGGUGCCAUCUGCGACGUUUCGAGCCUCCAGAGCAUCAACGAGUUCGUGGAGUUCGUGAAGAGCAAAGUCGGGGUCGUGCACUACUGGAUCAACAACGCGGGAAUCAACGGUGGGCGACGCAAGUUCUCGGAAAUUCCAGCCGAGACUAUCGAGGCCGUUGUCAAGGUGAAUCUCGGUGGCAUCCUGUUGUGUACACACGCAGCCAUGAAGAUGAUGGAGGAUCAGGAGCCAGGGGGGCUUCGGACCAGGAACAGGACGAGGGAGAGGUACGAGGGCAGACGGAGGACGGACUAGCUGGGGGACGCUUCGGCCCUGAGGUGCCAGGCAGCCUGUGCCGGGCAGAUGAAUGCGCCCCCGUACAGAGGGCUUCUCCAGGCAGCGAGUGCGAGAGGGCCCGUGUUGAUGUUCAGAUGAGGAGAAGAAGAGAAAACACGCAUACGGGGUCCCAGUUCCCUCGGGUUCGGUUCCUCGCGGCAUCGCAGGGGAGGCUCGUAGGGCCAGAGCUGGUCCUCCUCACAUCCACUCACUCACUCCAUCGUUGUGUCCUCGGAGGCCCACGGGCCCGAGCCAGCGGUCUGCUCGCUCCCUGGGGUCACUCCCUCCUAUCGCUGCGUCGUCGGGGAUGUCCACCAACCAUACCG